UGUGAUUCCAACAUGGCGUCCUUACUAAGCUUUGGAACUUUCACAAACAUUGGAGAAAAAUCUUCCAAUAGUUCUGACAGCUGGCAAGAUGCGAACAGUGCAUUGUCAGAGCUUGAUAAAGGACUGCGAUCAAGUAAAGCUGGAGAACAGUGUGAGGCAAUAGUCAGAUUCCCAGGGUUAUUUGAGAAAUAUCCCUUCCCAAUUUUAAUCAAUUCUGCUCUGCUAAAGCUGGCUGAUGUCUUUCGUAUCGGGAGUAAUUUUUUGCGGCUUUGCAUUCUGAAGGUUAUUCAACAAAGUGAAAAACACCUGGAUAAGAUUUUGAAUGUGGAUGAAUUCUUGAAGCGAAUUUACUCUGUUAUUCAUUCAAAUGAUCCAGUGGCAAGAGCCAUCACUGUCAGAGUUCUUGGUAGUAUUGCUUGUAUCGUCUCUGAAAGAAAGAAUGUCCACCACAGCAUAAGAAGCAGCUUGGAAUCACAUGAUCAGGUGGAAUUAGAGGCAGCAAUUUUUGCAACGGACAGGCUUUGUGCACAGUCCAGAGAAUUUGCCUCUGGUCUCUACAACAAAAUAGCACAGCUUAUUGAAGGACUGAAUACUCCUGUGGAAAUGAAGCUGAAGUUAAUAUCUAUUUUCAGACACAUGCAUUAUGACUUACAGCUGACUGCAAAGGUCCAUGAAUUAUGUUCCUCUCUUCUUGCUUCUCAUCCCACAUGCCAGUUUGUUGUUGUCACCUUACACACCUUAUCUUGUCUUGCUGUAUCAUCAGUGAUUGACAUCCCUAAACAGACUGAGUUGUUACUGAAGUACCUAACACAAGAUCCUAGAAAAGUAGUUAAGAACCACACCCUUUCAGAUUUAAGGAUGCUAGCCAAGGGGGCACCACACAUGUGGAGAAUCCAGGACAUCGAGGCUCUCUCUGAAUUCAUUUUGAGUAGCUGUUAUGAUAACCUUACAUUUUCUGCAUUGAGGACAAUGGUAACUCUAUCAAGAUCAGAGGCUGUAGAUCUGCUCAAGAGUGAAAAAGUCCUUGAAAUCUGCCAGAAAGAAACAAAUUCCUAUAACUCUGCUAUAGCAGCCUUAGCAUCAGAACUCCUUGUCAACAUUGCUGUGGCAGGAAUUAAGUCUGAUAAAGAGGACAGCAGCCUUUGUGAACAAGCAGCUGUUGCAGUGGAGAGUGGUGCUGUUGUCUGUUGUGUAAACAAUCAACUUCAGCCAUUGAAGGUUUGUUUGUCAUCAAUGAAUUGUUUGGUGAAUAGUUCCCCUGAGGUGGCUCCCACCCUGGUUGAAAGUGUGUCCAGCUUGCUUCCAACUUCAUCUGGUCCAAUAGCACUUGAACUGUGUCAUGUGAUGGUCACCAUGGCAACACAGAUUCCAUCUUUACUUGCACCUUUAAGAAGUGAAAUUGUCUCACACUUUGCCAAAGUAGUAGUGAUUGCAGAUGAUGACCGCAAGGAAUCAAAAGAUUUAGUGGUUGGUAUGGCAACAUUGGUUUUACAGUCUUAUCAAAGUGUUUCACACAAUGAGGAUGAAGAUUCAGUGGCAAACUUGAAAAAGAUGUUGCUGGAAAACCUGGGAAAGUUAACAACAACAUCAAGAUACUGGACCAUGUUCAGAGUUGGCAAACAGGCCACAAGACUGGGUUUUCACAGCAUUGCAGCCAAAAUUUUUGGAAACCUGUCAUCCAAGGUGGCAUCAGAACACUUCUACUUCUGGUUAACUGCCUUAAAGUGUUUUUGUGAGGCAGAGAGUUUGCUUAGUGUCCCAUGUGAUAGUCAGUUAAUGUUAGCUAAACAGAUAUCAGAAGCUUGUGCCAAAUACCACAAAGGCAUUACAACCCUCAAGGCUUCUGUGUCUUCCAACAACCAACUGUCAUUCCAAUGUUCAUAUGCCAGUUUGAGGGCAGAAACGUUCCAGGCUCAUAGUCUGCUCCUCGCAUCUUGUGCUACCAUGAAAUCCUGUCCUCCGCCUGCCAUUGCAACGGCUGUUGCCAUGGCGACUGGUCAAGAUGUUCAGCGGUUGAGUCACUUUGCUGCUCAAAUGACUGAAUGCAGCAAAGUUUUCCGUAAUCUUGGUGAGAGUUAUGGACAGUUAUACCGCACUUCAUUUAAUGCAGACCCUGUGAGCCUCAAGAACAUCGAGACUCUUCAACAAAGCUGUUUAUUGAUAUCCUACAGUAUUGAUGUACUAAUGAAGACAUCCCAGCCCAGUUCUGUGGGUGAACAACGAAACAGAUCCUCAGCUCUGAGACAAAACGCACUGUCUUUGGCGUGUACAGACAUUUUAGAAACAGUAGAGAACCUUGCAAGUCAACUUGAAGCCCUUCCUCUUUGUCAUUUGCAAACCGAGUGUCUUAUUCGUGCUUCAAUGACUCUGGUCAAAGUACCUUUUAUAUUUCCAAAGUACUUCUUUUGCAGCCAACAAUCUACGUCCAUCAAGCUGGCGUUAUCUCCCUCGGCUCGGUCCCCUGGAGAGCCUAUCACGGUCAGUUUGGAUACACAGUUUGUUCUCAAGGUGGAAGGAGUAAUCGAUCAUGGACAGCGACCAGGCCUUUUUCGUGAUGUCCAGUCCGUCUGUUUGUCAGUAACUUGGCAGGCUGAGGAGAAGAAGCAGCAAACCCUGGAUGGAAAGUCCCCGCGCGAUUGUGUGACCAGUUUAGAACAGUCGGUGGUUCCGCAUCACGACUACUUCAGUGCCCAAUUCUUGCUCUCUCUGAGUACACCCACUGUGUAUCACGUGACAGUGUCUACUAGCGUGAUUGAUAGUUCUGGAAUACCGUGGAAUACAGGCCCUCAGAGCUCAUUGCAGAUUAAAGCUUCAGAUAAUACAGCCAGAAAACAAAGAACUUCAAGAUCUUAGUGACCAUGGAACGACUAUCAGCGAUAAUGAAAUAUAGAAGUAUUUCAUGUAAAUGUGAAAUGAGAUAUGUUUUGUAGUCAAGAACUUCUUAGGGAAAUGAAUACAGUAUAUAAACAACACUAUUA